AUGGUUGGUAUUGAAGAAGAAUCUGAGGAAGAGAGUGAAGAAGAAGAAAUCUUAAAUUAUGUAGCGUUGAUAGGCAUCACUGAGUUUGUUGAAGGUGAAGAAGAAACUGACUCUGAAUCAGAUGGAGAACAACAAGUGGAUUUUAUUAAAAGAACAAAACAACUAGAUCAGAUUCUAAGCUAUGGAAGGACAGAAAAAACAAACAGAGGACCAAUCGGAGGAAGGAGACAUGUUAGAGAAACUCGGUCUGAUGGUGGUGCAGAAAACCCUCAACUGAUUGACGAACCCAUCGAAGAACCAGCGAGAUCUAUUACAAUGCCUCUUUCUCUUAUUCCUUCUGUCGAUGAAGAUGACUCAUUUGCAACGGCUAUUGAAGAACAUAAGAGCAGCGAGUCAGAGGAAAUUCGGAAACCUGAACGUGAAUCAAAGAAGUCUGAUGGAGAAACUGAAGUUCUUUCUGAACAAAUCGAAGAAGACAAACUUAAGGAGGAAGUUGUGCCCACAGAAACGGUACCCACAAACGAUGAAUCAACAGAAGCUGGGCCAACGGAAGGAAUUGAGAAUUUGGAAAAUCAAAUUGAAGAAUCAAGUUUGAUUUCAUCUCAGAAUGAUGAAAUUCGUGAUCAAUCUGAGCAAAAUCAAAAGCAAGAUUCAACUUUCUCAGAACAAGCUGAACAGACUGUUAUCGGGUCACAUGCAGAACAGAUUGAAGAAGCAGUAGAUGACAGAAAUGUUGGAGUUACAGAGGAAAGGGUUGGAGAUGAACCAAUCCACGUCUCGGAUGUUGAAAUUGAGCCUACUAAGAUGACUGUUGAGGAACAAUUUCAGAAAAAUCAGAAGGAGAAGGAAGUUCGUAAGAAAGGAGUCUUUAAACAGCUAGAAAAAGAUGAUUCUUGGGGCUACUUAACCUUGAUCAAGAAUGCGAGAUUGGAAUCUACAGUAACAAAUCUUGGAAGUUAUGUACGGGAAGUAGUGUCUGAAUUUUAUGCAAAUCUUCCUUGUGAAAAGUCUGAAGAAAAUGCUGAGAAGGUCAGUGUGUUUGUCAGAGGGCAUGACUAUGAGUUUUCACCAAAGAAAAUCAAUAAGUUUCUUGGUUUUAAAGAUUUAACCAAAGAGGAACUAAAGGCAGAUAGUGAUGUUGAUUCUGUUGGAAAAGAACAACUUGCAGAACUGCUAAGUGAAGAUGAGAAGACUGGCUGGGAUGAUUUAGUUUUCAAGAACCUUUCUCCUCGAAUUGGAGCUCUUCUACGAAUCACUGCUCAGAAUUGGAUUCCUUCAUCAAAUCCGGAUUAUGUAUCAGUAGAAUGA